AAAAAAGUGCUGGUCACAUGAUCAUUAAGAGGGCGGGGCUAAUGGUUCUCUUGAGGAGUUCGUUCGUGCUCGAAAAACAUGGACCAAAAAAUACCAUACGAUGACUAUCAACUGCCAGUAGUGUUUCUUCCGUCCUAUGAGAGCCCUCCUGCAUGGAUCCCUCCACAAGAGAGGAUACAUCACCCUGACUACAACAAUGAGCUCACUCAUUUCCUACCUCGCACUGUAGUCUUAAAAAAGCCCCCUGGAGCACAACUGGGCUUCAAUAUUCGUGGAGGAAAGGCGUCGCAGCUCGGUAUAUUUAUUUCAAAGGUGGUGCCAGAUUCAGAUGCCCAUAGGGCAGGACUACAAGAGGGUGAUCAGGUGCUUUCUGUCAAUGAUGUGGACUUUCAAGACAUUGAGCAUUCAAAGGCUGUGGAGAUUUUAAAGACCGCAAGAGAGAUUUUGAUGAAGGUCCGAUACUUCCCUUACAAUUACCAACGGCAGAAGGAGAGGACUGUACACUAGGUGGCAGAGCUGACAUUCAUGACUGAAGCAGUGAGUGACGCAGCUGAUGAGGCAUUGGUGUGUCAGCCAAACUUUCAUCUUCUCUGCAUCAUCUUCCUCCUACUAACUAUUGUCUCUGACUAAAAGACUGCUCAAAGAAAUCAUCUUCAAACGCGAACAUGCCUGAUGAUUCAAAGCUUCUUCACCCAUUUAGGUCAGUUUUAGGCAUCUGUGUUUUGAGCUGC